AUAAGCAAAAUGUCAAUGAUCCUGCAUUAUGGCUUACACCCAGGAGCUAUCCCUUUUGGAACGAAACAUAUAUGUGUGGCGAUUAUAGAACCUAUGGUUGGGGGAAAAAAUGACACAAAGAUUUGGGCUAAUGACAGUGCAAAGGCAUUGCCUGGCAACACCUAUUUGAUUUGCGGUGAUCGAGCAUGGCAAGGAAUACCUAGGCAUGCUCGUGGUGGUCCAUGUUAUCUGGGAAAAUUGACUCUUUUCGCACCAAAUGUUACUGUAAUAUCACAAUUCCUUUUUAAUAAGACACAUCGUGAUAAGCGAGCUGUAGCAACCCUCACACCCGACUGUAGUGAUCAAGUAGAACUCUGGGGACCCACGGCUAACUUUUUUGCGUCAAUUGUUCCAGGGGUAGGUGCUGCUCAUGCGCUUCGUACUAUAAAUACACUAGCAUGCUGGAUGGUUAAGCAAUCAAACGUAACAACACAGAUAUUGAGUGAACUAGCACAGGACAUGGAAAAUCUCAGACAUCAGAUACUUGAAAAUAGAGCUGCUAUUGAUUUUUUAUUAUUGGCUCAUGGACAUGGUCGUGAAGAUUUUGAGGGCAUGUGUUGUUUUAAUCUCUCCUCUAAUUCAGAAUCAAUUCACAAGCAAUUGCAAUGGCUUAAGAAUCACACUAAGGAUAUUACUGUUGCAACUAACCCGCUUGAUACCUGGCUAUCAUCUCUCGGUAUUGGUCCCUGGCUUAAGACCCUGAUUAUAUAUGCAAUAGGUAUAGGAUUGAUGGUUUUGUUGAUUAUAUUGUUUUUACCCUGUUUUGUAGCCUAUCUACAGAAUAUAGUUAUACGCAUGAUCCAUAAAACACAAAAUAAUUUGUUUUUAUUAAAAGAAGACGGGGGAAAUGUGGAAGAUAUUAUUGAAUACUGGCUACGUGACAAGGGGCAUGAGAACAAGUUCACAAGACCUGCUUAAGUGCAGCUGGACACGUAGGCAGGGCACGGAACAGUACAAUCUAGGACAGAAAAAUGUGCAGCAGGAGAUAGAAACAGGCUCUUGGCUUAGAAACCAGAAAACAAUAUAGAUAAUGUCCUGGGAAAAGUGCAUAGCCUUCUACUGUAUCCACUAUAGCCUUCUACUAUAACCACCUAUAAGGAGCUUGGCUUUUGCAAUAUGUAUGAGCUAAUUAACUCUGUUAUAUAAGUAAUAAGAUAUUUCUAAAUAAACUGA